AUGACACCGCUCGGAAAGGUGUCGAAGCCGACGAAGCUGUGGCUCGGAAUGCUACACAUGAUCUCGAUGGCCGAUCCGAUGCUGCACUCAUUUCAGGAAGCGCUCCCACCUCUUCCGGUGCCGAAUCUCGACGAUGCCGUCAAAGAGGUAACACAAUGCCGCCGCAUUUUCGUCGAAAAGUUUGUUUUUCAGCACCUCAUCUCGAUGAAGCCGAUUCGCAGCGAGGAAGACUACUUGGAGCUCGACUUUCUGUCGGAACGCUUCCGAAAGGGAGUUGGCCGACGUCUCCAACGCUACCUGACGCUGAAGUUGUUGUUCUCGACUAACUACGUGACCUACUGA